UAUUUCUUCAAGAUAAGUAGUGCAAGAAGAUGACAACGAUAAAAUAGAGCCGUGCUUUCGUUUUACGUUUAUGAUCUUCUUGAUCAACAACGCCUCUUGCCGCGAGAAUGUUGUGGGGCCGUGCGAAACCCUCGCCGACAACGUUGGCGACCACUUCAUCUUCGUCCGCUAGCAGCAGUAGCUGCAGCAGUAUAAUAGGUUCGAGAACAAGUACUGGGAUGAGAAUCAAUUAUGCACCAUCUUCAGUACUAGAAGUGUGGUCUCACCCCAGCACGAGAACGAGAACGAGAACGAGAACGUUCUCUUCGUCUGCUUCAACGUCACGAAUGCCCCUUGUUGAUCCUCGUGGACCUUUGUUUGCGUCUAGACGGGAACAGCGGUACUUCGAUGAUCCUGCGGUCCGUGCUCCGGUCUUAGAGCGGAACAAUACGGGCAUGGGAUAUCUCUGCUUGAAUGCGGAGGGACUCCCUCUAGACGGUGUCAAUUCGCUUAUCACAAAGAUGAGGGAUUUUUAUGGACCCUGGUGGAAAUGCUGGCUUUAUUUGAUUAUGUCGCCGUCGAUGAACACGACAUCACUACCCUGAGAGGUAGUUGUACUAAAAACUCAAAAUAACAAGAACUGCUGUCUAUCCUCAACUAUAUUUCUCUUCUAAUUCCCAGAAGUGAACACAACCAAGCGUUUUGUCGUGUUAUCGCACAAUAUGGAUGACACGCCAGAGGCCAGGAUGCGACGUAAGGCACUGGGUCAAGAUGAGAAAGCUGGCUUCGUGUUUAAUGGUCUCAACGAGGAAGAUUAUCUUCUUCUUGGUGCUGCCGCAUCUUCUUCGACAAGAUCGAGGUCAUCAAGAACAAGGAACGAAAUGAUAGACAGGGAAGAUAGCUGGGGAUCAUCCUCAUCCAGAAGUGGCAACCAGAGCAGUCAGGUGUUGUCAGCUUACCUCACUCAUUAUCAAGAGCUUACGCAUUUACUCUCCGAUUACAGAAAACCUUUGGUGUCCUUCUUUCCCGGGUGCAUUCAGAAUGAAGCUACUGCUCUUCUGGCUCUCUCAGAGCUUUCUGCGGUCUGUGCAACUACGAAGAUCAAACUGCCAGACCUGCAUAGAAAAGUCCUUUUUGGCGGCCUUUCGCUCGUGUUGAGCCAAAAUCCAGUGGCAAGAUUCUGUGCCUUUUCUCAAUUGGAUUUGGAAGUUAUGGAAAGGGGUUUUGUGAGUAUUUUUUCCGGUAGAAGUUGUCAGAAGCUGCACCCUCAUUCUCAUGCGACGUCUUCUAAACAAAGUCCCGACAUUGUCUACGCUGGCCUCGCCAAGCAUUGGAUGUCUCCUGAGGCGCUGGAGUUGAUGCAAAUCACUGCUGAAAAAAUCGCUUUUAACCUGACUGAGAAAGAUGGCCGGUUGUUGUUGGAUGAGCAUUUUUUGGCACUGCCACCACCCUCAGCCUGGAUGCAAAGGCGCAUGCCGUUGAUGCAGGCUUUCUUUAGGAAAGGAGGAGAUCACCACGUUAAGGUCGUGGCUUAAUACAAUUCAUUUCUACCAGCCAUGUUUCCCUAUUGCUAGUUCCUUCUGAGGAUUUUUGGGAAAGAUGCACAACCCAAGAAAUGAAGGGUUUGAGCUCUAAUCAUAGACAUGACCAUGAAGGUCCCCGAGCGUCAUGGCAAUUCCAAGGUCGUUCGUCGAGGAUGAAUAAAAAUAUCAGGAGGGUGGAAAACUAUGAUGACCGCGAGGGAGGUUCAUCUUCUCCUUAAGGCCCGAUACAUCAUACUUACAAUUCAUCUCCAAGAAGGGUCUGCUUUUUCUUCGGUUUCGGUUUCCUUCUUAGGAUUCUGAAGAAAUGAUAAUGAAGGGAGGAAGUAAAUUCAAUUGUUGAGAGCUCUAAUCAUGUCCGUUUCUGACAUCGUGGACGAGAAUAGUCAACGGUUGGCACAGAUCUGGACUAGCUCACGUGGAGAAACAUGCCAAACCUGAGAAUGAACCUGCACAAGACGAUGCAAUAAAUUUUCUUCAAAAUUGUGUCGACCACUUUCAAUCCUGGUUUUCUGAUGCAGAUCAUGAGCAUCUAGAAAGAAACAGGAGAAGCACCAUAUUCGCUUUGAAUUGGGUUCUGUUACAUGAGGCUGCGAAAUGCAGAGGGGCGAUAGAAAAAGCAGUUGGAGGAAAACCAAAGCAGGAGGACGAAAGGAGUAUGAGGUUAAGGCGAGGCUGCAUUACCUCCUGAAGAUAAUAGAUGAGCCUGUCCCUGUGCUGUCUGAGGGGGCUAGUAUUAACAUUUUAAGUUUGUGUUUCGUGGGUGUUGUAUAAAAUCUACCUCUACAGUUGAAGAGUGAAAUUAGCAAGUCGUGUUGAUGCUCAUGCUCAUCAAUUAUCAACAAGAAGAUGACGAUGAGAACGACCUGACGAGAGUCUAUGACUUCCGCACCAUCUUCUAACAAUUUUCAACGCGAGGUUCUUCAUGGACAAGAAACCUGCAAGUCGCACUCCCACGCUUGAGGAGCACAAUCGACUCGUAGAUAUACUCGCACUCCCCGAGAUUCUUGAACUAGAGCUGCGUGGUCAAAAUUUACUGCAUAGUGGGAAACUGUGGACAACGGAUGUUCAGAACUCAUUGAUGAAAAUAGAUCAUCAUGGCUCCAUCUCUACAGCCCUCUUUGCAAAGGUACAUCUGCUGUUUUCAGCGGAAAAAGAGGCGCCGGGAAUAAAGAUGUCAGCGAUGCAGAAGCGAAGAGAGUUUCCAGUUUCGUUAUGGCAUUCACUCAGUACUACGUGUUUUUGCGCGUUUCAUAGUCAUAGAUAAAAGAAAUUAGUUGUUGUACCCAGAAACAGAAAGGUUUUGAUUUCCUCUCACCAACAGAAAUCUGAACCUCUAACAAGCGCUCACCCGCUGAUCCGACAAUAUCAUCCGGAUUACGACGAAAAGACCGGGUCCGACCUCGGCGAUCGUGGAAGUGCUUUGGCGGAGCAAGAGAGAUUUGACUCUGAUUAUCUCAGUCAGGAAUUGAUGGAAGCGAAGAAACAAAUAUGCCCACAACUCGUUACGAGGUGGCGCGGGUAGGUGGACUUGGAGAUGAUGAGAGUCUUGCCAUUUAAUUGAAAUGUUGGUUCACAUGAUGCAGGAGGCUGUCCCGAUCACGACAUAUUACUAUGAGUCGACUCGAUGAAAGCGGGUCGAACAAGAAGAGAAUUUGCUCCUGUAAUUUCAGUUUUAUUAUCUUCCGAAUUUUUUCAGUACCUAGUACCAGAGUAGUUUGUAGCACGCAUGGUGCAUGGAGUAGCAUGGAGUGCAUGGAGCGCAGAGCUU